CGCGCGGUGGCCGCUCCCGCAGCCGCGGCUGCCGCCACCGCCUGGAGCUCCAUGGGCCUCUCCUUCGCGCCGCCCCGUGUGAGGCCGAGUCCGGCAAGCCGUGGCGCCCGGUGCCCGAGCCAUCGCGGACGCUGGAGGCUGGGCCCCGGGGCAGCAGCAGGCGGCGCGGGACUGCGAGCUGCCUCCAGAUUGACGAUGCCAGUAUGGACAGAAUAGCUUAUGAUGCUUAUCCCCACCCAUCACUUCCGAGACAUUGAGCGGAAACCAGAAUACCUCCAGCCAGAGAAGUGUGCCCCACCUCCCUUCCCUGGUCCCGAGGGAACCAUGUGGUUUAUCCGAGAUGGCUGUGGCAUUGCCUGUGCCAUUGUCACCUGGUUUCUGGUCCUCUAUGCGGAGUUUGUAGUCCUCUUUGUCAUGCUGAUUCCAUCCCGAGACUACGCUUACAGCAUCAUCAAUGGAAUUGUGUUCAACCUGCUGGCCUUCUUGGCCCUGGCCUCCCACUGCCGGGCCAUGCUGACGGACCCCCUCACAGUUCAGUACCGGCUCUCCCAUCAAGAUGCCUCUGUUGGAAAGACAGGGGGCAGUGCCCAAAGGAAAUGCCACUAAAGAGUUCAUCGAGAGCCUUCAGCUGAAGCCUGGGCAGGUGGUGUACAAGUGCCCCAAGUGCUGCAGCAUCAAGCCUGACCGGGCACACCACUGCAGUGUUUGUAAGCGGUGCAUUCGCAAGAUGGACCACCACUGUCCUUGGGUCAACAACUGUGUCGGCGAAAACAACCAGAAGUACUUUGUCCUAUUCACGAUGUACAUAGCUCUCAUUUCCUUGCACGCCCUCAUCAUGGUGGGAUUCCACUUCCUGCAUUGCUUUGAAGAAGACUGGACAAAGUGCAGCUCCUUCUCACCGCCCACCACUGUCAUCCUGCUCAUCCUGCUGUGCUUUGAGGCCCUGCUCUUCCUCAUUUUCACAUCAGUGAUGUUUGGGACCCAAGUGCACUCCAUCUGCACAGAUGAGACGGGAAUAGAACAAUUGAAAAAGGAAGAGAGAAGAUGGGCUAAAAAAACAAAGUGGAUGAACAUGAAAGCCGUUUUUGGCCACCCUUUCUCUCUAGGCUGGGCCAGCCCCUUUGCCACACCAGACCAAGGGAAGGCAGACCCGUACCAGUAUGUGGUCUGAAGGACCCGACCAGCAUUGCCACUCAGACCACAUCAUGGCACCUCCCAUCUGCUCUCGUGAAUGUUUAGGCCAAAACUCUUAAAACUUUUUUAUGUCUUCAGAAAAAUGGCUGAGCAUUGCAGAGAAAAAAAAAAGUCCUCAUGUUUUAUUUUUAAAAAAAAAAUCAUCCUUUCAAUUUUUUGAUGACUGGAGCUGCUCUUUUUCCUUUAAAAUCACUUCUCUGGCCUCUGUUUCCUCUCUGCUGUCUGUCAGCGUGACUAACGUCGAGGGUGCUGCCCAGGCCCUGCCCCUUCUACUAAUUGAAUGCCCCCUCCUGAUGCUGUGUGUGGAUGAACUGAUCCAGUAGGAAAGCCAAGAGGGCCCUGACUUCCUCCUGCCCACAGGGCAGCACUGGCACCCGCCCACAGGACUCAGAACCUCAUCGAAGAUGAUGCUAGCCCCUUGAGGCCUAAGGAUGGAAAGAUUGGGCUGGCACCGUCAUAAGGGUCCUUGGGCUCCUGCCCAAGUGGACAGUUUGCCUCAGUCUCAGAAAUCGAUUGUCAGCCUUGUACUUGAUGGGCAUAGGUGUACAGAAUGAUUUGGGGGAGGUGGGAGAGGUAAAGGGGCCUUUGUAUUCUCAAUCAGCAAUUAUGUCACUCUGGCUUUUGGGAAGACAAUGAAAGAUGUUUCCCAGUUCAAAAUGCCUUAUACAAUCACAAGAAGAAAAAAAUUUCAGGCAAGCUACAGUUACUUCCUACCCCAUUCCCGCCCUUUCCCAGCAAAAUGUCAGUCAUUCUGAGGGAAACACAUGCCACCUGUCAGGAUCAUCUCAUUUUCAACCAUGUCAUGGGCAUAUACUUUCUGGAGUUAAAAGUCCUCCAGAUGUGCACAGACCUGUGUCUUUCGUGUGUUUAGCCUGGGAAGUGGUUGUAGAUGUUAGGUAACAUUCUUAGAGUUGCCAGGUAGCCCCUACUCACCUGCUUCUCAGCCUGCCACACAGACGAGCUUUCCCAUCAGUAGGUACUGCUAAGCAGAGUCGCACAGGGAGGAGCUAGUCUUGAGCUGGGGAAGGACCAGGGGAUAUAGGAGGUGCCAGGAGACUACAGCCGGUGGAGCCUGGGCACCAUGAAGUCCCUGCACCAGUGGGCUUCAAGGCAAUCACCACAGAACUCCCUUCUUAGCUUUUGCUCGGGGUGGGGGUGGGGAGAAGAUUUUUCACUCUAGUGAAACUCUAGUUGUGGGUAGGAGGGAAGUUCAUGUAGCCCUGUGGUUUUUCAGAAGUCGGUGGGACAUUCUGCCUCUUUCCAACUGUCAGUGCUUCCACAUGGAAACAAUGCAAUAAACCUUUUCCAAACCUG